GGACACGGGGCGGGACGGAGCGCGCCCGCCGGGCGCUUUUGCUGUGCCGGUGAGGCCGCCCCGGGAGCUUCCCCCCCCCCGCCCCGUGCCGCUGCUCCCUUUUCCCAGCGAGCCUGCGCGCCGCGCUUGUUCUUCUCCUGACAGCGGCGAGACGGCCGCGUGUCACCCGGUUUGUGCGGGACCGCGCGGUGCCCAUCACGACACCGGCCCGCGGGGUUGACCCUGCCCGGCCCCACCGAGGUAACGGCGCGGGCGGGUACCCGCGUUUGGAGCCCGAUUUAACCGCGGUGCCGCGAAGAAACCCCGCGCAGCAGCGCGGCGAGCAGCCAUCUGCGCCUUGGCGGCGCUCCCCGUGACGUCAAGCCCGGAGAAGGCGCCGAUUGGUCCGCGCGGCCGAGUGUGACACGUGGCAGCCCACCAUUGGCUGGCGGCGCGCACAUGGGGGAGCCGCGGCGGUGCCGCGUGCGGCGGUACCGGUUCGGCGAUGGCGCGGAGGGACUGGUGCUGCGCAUCCCCGAGGUUCUGGACCCGCAGUACGGCAUGUACGUGUGGCCCUGCGCCGUGGUGCUGGCCCAGUACCUCUGGACGCAGAGGAGAAGCCUGCCCGGCAAGCGAGUGCUGGAGGUGGGUGCCGGUGUGAGCCUCCCCGGGGUGCUGGCCGCUAAGUGCGGGGCCGAAGCGAUCCUGUCGGACAGCGAGGAGCUGCCCCGCUGCCUGCAGAACUGCCGGCGGAGCUGCCUGGCCAACGGGCUGCCCGGGCUGCCCGUCCUGGGGCUCACCUGGGGCCGGCUGUCCCCGGAGCUGCUGGCUCUGGCUCCCGUGGACAUUAUCUUAGGCUCGGAUGUCUUCUUUGACCCAAAAGACUUUGAAGAUAUUUUAACUACAGUUUACUUUCUGCUGGAGAAGAAUCCACAUGCUCAGUUCUGGACUACUUAUCAAGUGCGGAGUGCUGACUGGUCUAUUGAAGCUUUGCUCUGCAAAUGGAAACUCAAGAAUGUCCCCGUUCCCUUGCACUCCUUUGGGGCAGACCAGGAGCACUUGGCCAGUUCUCCUCUCCCAGGCAGACAUACAAUUGAAAUGAUGAUCAUCUCACUGGCACAAUCAGAGGGUACUUAAGUUUAUUCUGCUUGUUGGUUCCAAUACAAGAUGACAUUUAAUUGUUCACUGUGUGUGGAUCUGCAGAAACAGCCCCGUUUACAGCAAACCUCAUGCAUAGUUUUUUUUGGGGGGGAAAAUGUAUCCCCUGAACAGUAAUUCUUAAAACAUGCACUGUAAAAAUAAAAAUAAAGCUGUUCAAUUGUUUA